AUGCACGCUGGACCCCAACACCUAUUGGCUUCACUCCAGCGGCGAUAUUGGAUAUUCGGUGGACGAAAUGCAGUGCGUCUUCACACGCACAAGUGUAUGAAAUGCUACAGAUGGAAAAUCAAGGCAGCGACUCAGUUGAUGGGAUCUUUGCCAGCCGCCAGGGUGAACCCAUCUCCAGCAUUUCAUGUCACAGGCUUAGAUUACGCUGGUCCAAUAUCCAUAAGGCAUGGAGGAACAAGGAGCAGGGUCCUCACCAAGGCGUACGUGGCACUUUUCGUUUGCUUUAGCACUCGUGCCAUUCACCUAGAACUGGUAUCAGACCUCACUAGCGUGACAUUCCUUGCGGCACUGCGCAGAUUCAUAUCUCGCAGAGGAAGGCCUAUUCAAAUCCAUUCGGACAAUGGGACAAAUUUUAUCGGAGCCAACAGAUUAUUGGGUGAGUUCCUAAACAAUAAUUCUAUUAGGAAGGGGAUAUUAGAAUACUCACACCAAGAAGGGAUAGACUGGUGA